UCGUUUCUUGUCUGCACUCUCUGUGCUGCAAAUAACGAGGCGAGCUGCGACUCAGAGCCACUUUCUGCGAGAGUCGGACCUUGUCAACAGCUACUGCGACUUCCAAAAACCUGCUUCUCAACAUGAACCCUACACGGACUCUACUGCUCUCCGUCAUCUGCGCUCUCAUUUUGGCUUCUUCACUGGCACAUGAUCAACAAAAGAAAAAGAAGCCGCCUUCCACCAUGGGUCCUGCCCAGCCGUUCAUCUCUGAGGCUACUACCCCCCAGCUCAAAACGACAACUACCCACCCGCCCAAAACGACAACUACCCACCCGCCCAAAACGACAACUACCCCCCCGCCCAAAACGACAACUACCCACCCGCCCAAAACGACAACUACCCACCAGCCUAAUACCACAACUACCCACCACCCCAAUACCACAACUACCCACCAGCCUAAUACGACAACAACCCACCAGCCCAAUACGACAACUACCCACCACCCCAAUACCACAACUACCCACCACCCCAAUACCACAACUACCCACCAGCCCAAUACGACAACAACCCACCAGCCCAAUACCACAACUACCCACCAGCCCAAUACCACAACUACCCACCAGCCCAAUACCACAACCCCAACAACAGCUCCUCCUACGCCCACGCAGCCUGCUAAUCUCACACAGGGUACUUACAACGUGACUGGAACAGAUGGCAAUGUUUGUAUCUUGGCUCAGAUGACUCUUCGGCUCAUGGUGCAAUACAAGAAUACAACAAACAGCAUGGUGCAGGGCGUGUUCAUCGUGCAGCCUCAACAAACCAGAGCCUCAGGGAACUGCAGUCACACCAAAUCCAGCCUCAUGCUCAGCUUCCAUCAGGGACACAUCACCUUCCUGUUCACGAAGGACAGCAAGAAGAAUUCCGUCUUUGUCGAUUCUGUUGAUGUCAGCCUGAACUACAUGUUCCCAAAUGCCAAAGAAACAAACUUUGAAGCUACAAACAGCUCUGUUGAGCUGUUUAAGACUAGGAUUGGACACUCUUACUCCUGCAAGAAUGAAACAGUGAUUAUGAGGCCAUACCUUUACCUGGAACUGAGUGAGCAGAAGAUCCAAGCUUUUAACAUCACCAAAAACACUUUUGGGCCAGCUGACAACUGCCCUGCUGACAAGCCCGACUACAGAGUGGCCAUCGUGGUGGGCGUGGUCCUCGCCCUCCUGAUCAUCAUCGUCGUCAUUGUGUACUUGAUCGGCCGGAAGAAGAGGACGAGCGGGUACCAGGCCCUGUGAGAUCUGCCGCCACAAAGGGGAAACCUGCCCCCUGCCCGGAGACACACCCAGGAAGGCAGGGAUCAAGAUCUCUUUCUCGGCAGGGCUGAUGUAUAAAAAUGGAGAUUGUGUCCAAUCUUCAGCUUCCAUCAUUCUGUGCAAGUUUCCUUUUUAUGGCAGUGCUUUACCUGGGCAGUUGACUUUAUCAAAGACUCACCCACAAUUCUAGGGCUAAGGCCUACUGCACACUGAACAGUAUUGCAUGCAGAUGAACAUCCUUCCUUGAAAGGAGAUGGUUUGGUUUUGUCCUCCAUGUCUCUUAUGCAAUAGCACCCCCCAAUCAACUGCAGUAGACAGGCUUCGUUGUGCGGCCCCCAGGCAUGGACUCCCAGUGGAUGGCUGUGGUCUUAUUAGGUGUGGGAUGCAUGUGGAGAGACCAGAAGUCUAAAGGGGGUUAAUCAAAGGGCUUUCACCUCUUUUCCUUGGAAAGGCUUUCAAUUAAUAUUCAUUCUUAAUAGCGAUCCUUGUUACCUGCUUGAAGAACGUUUUUUUCCCUGUGUUAUGAUACAGUACAUGCCAUAACUGUCUAAGUAAUUUCACAUACUGUAUACUGUACUUGCUACAUUUGCUCCAACACUAUAUACGUAAUUUUUCUAGGAGUUCCCACACAUCAGGGUUCUUGAUUUUUUUUUUAGCUUUUCCCCCAGCUCUGCCACUCACAAUUAUACAUAUAAAAUACAUUUUCCAAAGCACCGGUAUGAUCCAGACUUGUACAUUUGAGGUCUUAAAGGUCUUAAACAAGAAAAUAAAGGUGCUGUUGCUGCAGUUACAUUCAGAAAGCACCUAGGAAGAGAAAGAGAACUUGUACACAAUGAUGGAAAACGGUUCCCCUGCUUUUUUUCUAAAGAAUGUGAUUUAGCUCAAGGUGAAGGUUCAAGGUAAAGAGGCGGUGCACCAGCUUCUUUUUAGGCACAAAGGGUCAAUUACAGAUCUGGAGACCUGGGAUCAGGUUAGGUCUUCAGUAAACUUGCCAUUGUGGGAUAGCUGUGCACAGAAAGAGGGUUUUUGGACAAAAAGAGUGAUCUUUGAAUUGAGCCAGCACUUUAUCUGACUUUAAAACAAGGUAUUUUUCUGGUCUGACCCAGCCCUUUCAUAUUCUCCUAUGGCUGAGGAAAGAAGAAAUAUGUGAAAAAGAAACAGAAAUGUUCUUGGAUUGUAAAUCAGUGGCGUAUCCCAUGAGCACAAGCCAGGCUUAAGUCUUCUACUGUGCAUCUUUAAGAUACUUGGCUUGUGAGCAGGAGAUACUACUCUUACAUCUGAGCUGGAUAGCGCCUUCAUGAGUCAUAUAAGACACACAGAGAAGUAAGAGGAGGUAUAGCACUUGAAGGAAAUAGAAAUCAAGUUAAAUCUAUUGAAAAUUGAGAUAUUCUUAUUACCAAAGUGUUCAGAAGACCUGUAAAUCAAAACUGAACCUUUUCUCCUCUGGUAUUGUAGUUCUCCUCUUGUAAUGCUAUAGAAUACGUUUGUCAAUUUUCCUAGAAUAUUUUGUAAAGUGAUAGAGGAGGCAUUGCGUGCCCUGAGAUUUCUGAUGCGAUGUCUGUCGGGUAUACUGGGGGAAUCUAUCUUGCUGUGCUGUGUUUCGCAUGAGAGAUGCAGAAGACAUUUUUCCUAAGUUGGUGAAGUGAAACACUGGUGAAGACUCUCGCUGAAGGAGGGAGCAGAUUGAUGUAUUAUACAUUUUGGAAGGGGCUGCAAAUAAGGAUAUUUGUUAGUUUCGGUCAUGUCUAAAACCAGUUAUAAUGACGGACUUCUGAAAGGGUGUCUGUCAAACCCAGAGCUCAAAGCAAAGGGUUUGAAUAAACCUAACCUGCAGGAGAGGACUUUGGCACACGUCUUUGAGUUCCUUCUUCAUCGUAGUGUCUGGUAUCUCUGGUGACAAGCCGUCCAGAGUAGCCUGUCCUGUUGGACUCUGAUCACUUAGACCUGUUUGCAGCAUCUUCACAGAUAUACAUACGUUGAAGUGAGAAAAUACUAAAAUUAUGGUUUGAGAAGAAGUGUUCUUUACUUUGAACUCAGGACAGAUGUCUUCAGUACAAUACCAAAGACAGUCAAAUCAAUUGUUUUACAUUUAAAGGUUGAAAAACCAUUUCUGUUUUACAGUUCUGAUAGAUCCUCUCAGUUGAUUUGAAACCAAUAAUUUUGAAUACUGAUAUAACUGGUUCUUCCAAAAACAAUGCAAAUUCUUAUUCCUAAUUAGAAGUUGGAAUGUGUUUUUUUUCACAGUUUUGGUGGAGGGCACUAUUUUUGUAACGCUGUUUGCAAUUAUGCCGAUGAAUACAUUUAAAUAAAUAUUUAAACUCCA